AUGGAUCACCAGCCGCCCAGGAGGAACACGAACCCGUUUAUUGACAGUACAGAAGAUUCCCUCAGUAGUAACGGGAGCAACCCCAAUGUCCCCCCCGUGAACUUAAACAACCAUGAUUUUGGAAUGCAUCCAUGGGGUGUAGGAGCCACCCAAGGGGCUGGUUUCAGCUCCAACGUGGGUUACAACAUGGGUUCUAACUCUGCUCCAAAUGUUGCUCCCAAUGCUGCCCCUAAUGCUGCCCCUAAUGCUGCACCAAAUGUUGCUCCAAAUGCUGCCCCUAAUGCUGCACCAAAUGUUGCUCCCAAUGCUGCCCCUAAUGCUGCCCCUAAUUCUACCCCUAAUGCUACCCCUAAUUCUACCCCUAAUGCUACCCCUAAUUCUACCCCUAAUGCUACCCCUAAUUCUACCCCUAAUGCUACCCCUAAUUCUACCCCUAAUGCUACCCCUAAUGCUACCCCUAAUUCUACCCCUAAUGCUACCCCCAACGCUGCCCCUAACGCUAUGCCCAAUUAUGGCUUUAACUACGGAGCCCCAAAUGCUGCCCCUAAUGCUAUGCCCAAUUAUGGCUUCAACUACGGUGCCCCUAAUGCUGCUCCUAACGCGGUUCCCAACGCUACCCCUAACGCUAUGCCCAAUUAUGGCUUCAACUACGGACCCAACUUCGGUGCACAGUUCGGAGACAACUUCAAUCCCCAAAUUGGCGCAGCGGGCCUUGCACAGGGGAAUACUUCUCCGUGGUUAUCGGACAGCAGCUUGUUCUACUUCAUGCAAGCAGUGGCCUUCGCGACGGCAAUUUUUCUGAAUUCAUCUACUGCACGAUUAACCUCCCACGUCACUCUUUCCAUUUUUCAGGCCGUCUACAUGAACAGACACAUGCUACAGCAAACAAUCACGAAGAGCGAAUUCGAUGCAGCAGUGAUGGCCAAUCUUCCCACACAAGAGACGACCCCUAGUGUAGAGAACCAAAGGGAGGAAGAAAGGCCAUACUCCCCAUUGGCCAACGAAGAGAGCAAUGAACCCAUUGGCCCAUACCCGGACACAUACCCGCUGUUGACUGGUGAGGACUAUGAGUAUGAACCCUUGUCCUCAUUGGAAGAUGAUGAAGAUAUUCUGGAAGAAGAUGAUGAAAACUCCCCACACGAAGGAGAGUAUGGAGUACAAGAGGCAGAAGUACAGAACUUAAUGAAUAUGACUUAUGAUAACCCACCAGAUAGGUACCUAUCGAACGCAUUCAAUGAGCUAAGCAACCAAGCGGCAGGGAGCAGCGGGGCACAGAGACCAACAUACCAGCCACCAAACUAUGGGGAAAUAUAUGAAGGAGCCCAGUUUGUAGACAAGUACCAAAUGUCCAGUGGUAGCUCUUACUUGUUCAACAACAACAGUAACAGUAACAACUCCUCUAGGAAUGGAAACAACCAGAACAAUAAUUAUGGUUAUGCGCAUGCACCGUAUGCCGAUAUUUUUAGACACCCCAAUUACGCGAACAUGUAUCGCGCUACUAACUACCCCAUGGAUCCUUUCCAGAUUGGAAUAAAUGAGGGUAACGUGGGAAGUACUACUGAUAGUUGUUCAGAUAACUCUGCUAGCGGUGCCAGUGGUGCCAGUGGUGCCAGUGGUGCAAAUAGUGCCAAUGGUGACAGUGCCGCUGGAAACGUUGGGGAAGAGAAUAUCGCCUACGGAUAUGACGAUUCUCAGUUUGCGGACAGCUACCAAGAGAACAAUUAUGAGAUCACAGACGAGGCAGAAGUGUGGAACCCAUUUGCAAACGUAAGCACAGAUGACGCAUUCGACUUUGGCAGUUAUGCAACGGAAGGCACAAGCGCAAACGAUGGAGCUACUACUACUGCUACUGCUGGUACGACCGGUUCGUUUUCCCAAGGACAUACUGUAGGUGCACACGGAAUCACCAACCAGGACGUUCAAUUUGACGGAGAUAACAGCUUUGGAAACACAGAGAAGUAUGAGCCUUCUUCAGGAAACCCGUUCCUCACAGAACCGGUGAAAAUCCCCCCCAUGGGAAACGGCCCUCAUGAUGGUGAUCAUCUAUCCCCUGAGGAGAAGAAUUUUGAAGAGAAACAGAACAGUGAAGCGAACGAAAAGAGUCAAUCAGCGGGACAAUCUUACAAUGAAGAAGAAGAUCAAUUUAGUGAAUAUGAAAAGUACCUGUAUACACAAUCCGGCAGGGAGGACCAGAAGAAUUACAAUAACAAAAUGGGAAGCUAUCUGAAGAAAUAUAAAAGAAUGCCAGAGGAUGGCGAAAAUGAAGAACUGGAAAAUGAACUUGGCUUGGAUGUUAUUGCCCCACAGGAGGAGGAGUCCCCCGAUGAUAUAUUCCCAGAAGAAGAAAAGUCCAAUGAUGAUUCAUCCCCCACCGAACCGGUAGAGAAUGUCGCUGUUGAAAAUGAUGCUGUAGAGGAAACCCCAAACGAUGCCACAACUGAAAACUGA